AUGAAAUCAAUCCACCUUUCCUCCAAACCGGACAUUGAAAAGAAACCAUUCGUUGAAGUGCCGACUGGUGAUGAUCGAAGACGAGAAGCAGACUUAUACGAAAUGCUGGGAAGCGAAGACGAAAAGGACAGAAUCCAGGCCGCCGACUGUAUUAUUUCAAGUCUUUUUGACGGCGAAGGAGCUUCUGAGGCUGUUCUCCAACGACAUCUCGACCGGCGCUUGUUUCGAGGCCUCGCGAGCGGUCGCAAUGCUUCUCGCAUUGGAUUUUGCCUCGUGAUCACCGAGAUUUUGGCUCAACUAUUCGGAGAAAAGGAUCUUUCAAAGACGAAAUAUACUGGACUGUCAUUUGACAAGGUGUUGGGCCUCUUGGCUGAAAAAACUCAAGCCGUAGGCAAUAUUCCGGGGCAAGAAGAGCGAGACUUUUUUCUCGGCCAGCUAUUCGGAAUCGAGUGCUUUGUUAAGUCCAAGACUCUGUUCAGGGAUAUCUCGAGGUGGGACUCAGUCCUCAAUCUGCUGCUGAAACUGGGCAACAAGAAAAUCUGGCUUAGACCUCAAUGUGGAUGGGUGCUUGUCCAGGCUCUGGAGCAAAUGGACCAAGCCGAUGCGGAGAAAACGCUAUACAAGAUUGCACAAGCUAGCUUGGCAAAGACCCCAGAGGGGGCGGCCGCCUGGAUUGUUACCCUCAAUCGAUUUCCUAGUUUGCAGCUCCAGCCGUGGAAGAACCCGCUUUCCAGCAAGUCUCUCCCUGACUUGACUGCAGUACUCAAAGAGAGCUUCAAGGAAAAUGGGAAGGAUAUGAAUGAUAAAAGCCAGAACGGUGGCAAGCAUGCAUCAUGGAGUGCCCAACUGCACUUUGUGUGGGAUCUUAUAUUAUCACGGUUUCUCAAUGCCAAAUCGGACAAAGGGGAGGAGGAUUUCGAACAGUUCUGGAAUCGGGUCGUCGAUGACGGGCUGUUUUCCAAACAAGCCACGGACGGACAAAAAUUCAAGGGUUUCAUGGUCUUUCAGAAGAUGCUCGAAGGGUUCAUUGAGGUCCCAUCGAAACUGCAGUCACUUUUUAGUCGAAAUCUCAUGUCAUGUCUGGUGAAUCAAGCGUCGAAGGAGGACCGCUAUUUGCACAGAGCUGCCAUCAAAGCCCUGAAGUCUAUCGAAGUGGUCGUGUCAGCUCACCCGUCAUCUCUGACACCUGUUCUCGCCAACCUCCUCGGGAAGAAUGGUGUAUACAGUUUCGAUCAGCGGACAAGUACAAAGACGGUGGACAGACUGUUGCAGAAUAUUAACGGAGAAAACGCGGAAGCUGUGUUGGCUGUUAUUCGACAGCCUGUCAUGACUUUGAAGCAAAAAGAAGCUGCUGACGCUCAGUCUAUUGUUCGGACGUACGCUGAUUACCUCGCCAAGAUCCUGAAUGCAUUCGCCUCGGCGCCGUUAACAGAUGAUGAAGCUGAAGCCACCAAGGGGUCAUUUGGGCCAGUACUGCAGGAACUCGCCGGAUUGGCGUAUGCUCAGCCAAAGGACAUCUCGGAAGAUGCUCUCACCGAACAAAUUCGAGAAAUGUGUCGCUCCCGCCUCGAGUCGUCACUUGCCAAGCUCGCUCGCUCAAGCAAAGACUUUGCCCUUUUCUGCGAAGCCGUAGCAUCAAUAGACGCCAGCGCAAAGAAGAUGGCCCCAGAGAUCAAAGAAUCAAUGGACGACGCCUUGGCACGCAUGGGCAAGCUCCUGAAGCGGAAAUCAAAGACACAAGGCGAAAAGGAGACAGCCCAGGGUCUCGCGAUGCUCCACGCAAUAUCCAUUUUCCAACUUUAUAACGACGACCCUGAUGCGAUGGAAGUAUUGAACGACCUUUCCCAGUUCUACGACAGACUUAAGGCAACAAAGGCGAGUAAACACGGCGAACAGAACGACGGUAGCUCAGAGCUGCUAGUUGAAAUUCUUCUGUCGAUGGUUGCUCGUCCCUCCUCUCUAAUGAGACAAGUUUCUCAACAAGUCUUUGAGGCAUUCACUGGCCAGGUAUCCGCCGAGGGCUUGGAACUCCUUACCGGGCCACUAGCCUCAGACGAAAGUACAAAGGGCCAAAAGGAGCUCUUCAAUACAGAUGAAGACGCUAUGGAUGUAGACGAAAGUGAGGCGUCGGACGAAGACGAAGACGAUCAACUCGAAGAUGUCGAGGAUGCCUCAGAUUUUGAAAUCGACUCCGACAUGGAAUUCGUUGGCCUCAACGGCGAUGAAGACGGCGAUGCCGCCUCCUCCUCAUCGGAUGAUAACAGCCCUAAAAAGAACAAAGGCGAAUGGAACAACCCCGAAGAACUAGACGACAUGCUCGGCAAAAUCCUCAACUCCCACCGCCUCGACAAAGACGUCGACGCCGCUUCCUCCUCCUCCGAAGACAACAUGUCCGACUCGGAGAUGUUCGCCCUAGACGAACAGCUCUCCGCCGCCAUCGCCCCACGCAUCAAAUUGUCCCAAUCUGACGCGAAAAAGGCCAAAAAGGACGCCAAGCAAUCCGUCAUCAACUUUAAACACCGCAUUCUCGACCUCCUCGACAUAUACGUCAAGAACGAAGCCCUCAACACCCUAACCUACUCGCUGCUUGUCCCGCUGCUGAACCUCAUGCGCACCACGUCUGCAAAACCGCUCGCCAACAGGGCGUGCGAAGUUAUCCUUGCUUACCAAAAGGGCCUCCGGAAAGCGAGGGCCGGCAAGGAGAAUAGCGACGACAUCCUCAGAGGGGAUAUGCUGGGUCUGUUGGUGCAAAUACACGAGGAGGCAGGCAAGGACAAUUCCCACGCGUACGCCAAGGCCGCCAGUGCUGCUAGCUUGAUUGUGGCCUCGAGCAUGUUUGCGGGCGAUAGGGCGGCGAUUCGGGAGGUGGCGGGCGUGUAUGCCAAGACGCAGAGUGAUUGGGUCUUGGGGGACGUCACGAUGCAGAACUCGUUUUUUGCUGAUUGGAAUAAUUGGUGUCAGAACCAUGCUUCGCAGAGUCGGGCGUGA